AUGUCCGACCAAAACGGGUCCCUGAGACCAACGGCCAAGCGGCUGCCGUCCAUUCUCGUCACAGACCUGCGACUGAACAACAUAAAAGGGACUCGGGCGCCUUUUGCGGGCCAAAACUUCCGCAAACAGCAGCAACAGCAGCAGCUUCAACAACUCCAACAACUGCAACAGAGAAACAGCGCCUCGUCCACCAAUGGCAAUGGAAGUCCUCUGGCACAGUCUCGCUCGCCUCGCUCGUCCACACAGGGUUUGCACCGCCGUUUCGCUGCUCGUGCUAACAAAUAUACAGAUAUCUCUGUUGAUAAGCUUCUCAGUUAUCUGAGUGAUAUACCGUCUGGGCAGAGCCGGUUCCCGAUUCUGCCACCGACGAAUCCGUACUCGCCUCCGCAGCGGAGCAUGCUGCCUGCGGAUGGGGUGCCGACGUUGGAGCAGGAUGCUCGCCGGAAGAAUAUCCGGAGCAUUCCUAAGUUAUCCCAGAAUUUGCCCACACGGACGUCGAAAACGUCUCAGAGACUUGUACUCAUUCCUGACCAUUACACUGGUCCGCAAUUGCCCCGUGUAGAUAUGCUGCAAGCAGCGCUGGAUCUGCGGAACGCCGAUCUUCAGUUCCAGCUCCAACGUAGUCGGGCCGAGUUGAUGCCCAAGGAAAUGCGCGCCAAGGAGUUUAGUAGGGUAACCGCAUACUACAUUUGUGAAGAGUUCAAGUUACCGGUUCUCAUGGACUUCUUGACCAAAGUGCACAACGUGAAACCUCGUCUAUACGACGAGGCUUUGUAUGUCCCUUACACUUUACCCUUACUUCCUGGAUCAGAUGGAUUUCGAGUCAAAUCUAACGAUACUGCCAAGUCGUUGGUCAAUAAGCAGCUCGUCGAAAAAAUGAUCAAUAAAAGUGAGCUUGCGGACCACUUGUAUGAAUACUACUCCGGAGUUGAGACGCCAGAAGAUGCUAACAACUAUUCCAUGGAUCCCGAAAAUGGAGCUGCUGAGAAUAGUGGUCCGUUUGAUCCCUCAGAGCCCCAAUUUUUCGCACCUCCAAUGGAUGAAUCAAUCAGUGAAAGUAGUAGCUCCCUGAGCCAUUCUGACACAGCUAGCACUCACGAACUUGAAGGUACUAGCACCGUCAAAGAGAGUCGCACCCAUGAACAGAAACCUCUGCAUUCUUCCUCUACUUCUAAGGAUCAGCUGAAGGGCCAACUGGAGGACCCAUCGGAGCUUCUAAAACACCAUGCCGAGAUGUUUGUCUUACAGUACGGUAUCGUUGUUUUCUGGAACCUUUCAGAAACGCAUGAGAAGAAUAUUUUGGCAGAUUUAGCAUUUGCUUCCGAGCUCCCAGAACCCUUCAUCACCAACGCAAUUAGCGAACAAGACAUCGAAACUGAAGAGUUUCAUUUUGAGUACGAUUCACAAAUUCAUCGUCCAAGAAUAUACAACGACAUGAUCACCCUAAGAAGUGGUGAUCACUUGAUCAAAAUGACAAUGUCUUACGCGAUCGCUCAACUGACAAAGUUAUGCUUGUUCGAGAGCAGAAUGGUGCACAGUUUGCAACUGAUCUCCAAGCUUCCCAAGAAAUUGGCUUUGACUGGCCGACUAGGUCUCAAGAGACAACAACUUUUGAAGAAGUCCGGUAAAUUGUUCAAACUCCGUGUUGACGUUAAUCUCUCGAGCUCUAUUCUAGAUACUCCUGCCUUUUUCUGGUAUAUUGAGCCUGCAUUGCAUCCCUUGUAUAAUGCGGUCCGUGAAUAUCUAGAGAUGGAAGAGCGAGUACAGGUUCUAAAUGAUAGGUGUAAGGUCUUCUUAGAGUUUCUGAACAUCAUCAGUGACAGUAUCAACGAAUCGAGCACCAAGAGAAUCACCAUGAUGAUCAUCGUCAUUAUGCUUUUGAGUCUUGGAGUCAGUGUUUUCGAGUUUUUCCUUGGCAUCCUUACACUGCCGCUGAGUACUGGUAUUUAG